UUUGUGUCAUCAGUGAGAGAUAAAGCUCACGGUGGACUCUUGUGUCUCACACAAACCACAAGCUUGGACACUUUUGGAAUAGCAUAGGAGGCAUCAGACGAAGAUAUGGGUCUUUGUGCCCAGACUGGAGAUCCGAAUCUAUUUUCUACAACCCUGGUUCUUCUUCUUAUUCUUCUGGCCUCCAUCCACGUGGGAGCCAACGACCAGCCGCAGCAAGGCAGGAAGAGACACUACUACAUAGCUGCUGUGGACAUAGACUGGAACUACCAGGGCAAUGAAACACACAGAUUUUUGCCUACGUACAAGAAAGUGGUUUUCCGGGAAUACGAGAAAGACUUCACAAAGGAAAAGAUUCAUCCACCCUGGUUAGGUAUACUUGGACCGACACUGAGGGGCGAGGAGGGCGACAUCAUUGUGGUCACUUUCAGAAACAUGGCGACACAACCGUGCAGCCUCCACCCACACGGCAUCGCUUACGGAAAACAGUCCGAGGGAGCGCACUACUUCGACAACACAUCCCAAAGAGAAAAGGAGGACGACGUGGUGAAGCCCAACAGCGAGCAUGUGUACACCUGGGAGGUGACGCCAGAAGUCUCACCCAAACCCGAUGACCCCACCUGCCUCACCUACUCGUACAUCUCCCAUCAAAACGUGGUUGAGGACUUCAACGCGGGCCUUGUCGGCACUUUGCUGGUUUGCAAGCGUGGAAGCUUGGAUGAGACUGGGAUGCAGUCCGGCGUAAACCAAGAGUUGGUCUUCCUCUUUGGGGUCUUUGAUGAGAGACAGAGCAUCCAUAAGCCGUCUUAUAUCUAUGACGACAACACCUCAAACCGCCACGUCCAUUAUACCAUAAAUGGCUACACGAAGGGAGCGCUACCUGGUUUGAGCAUGUGUGCGUAUUCCUCUGUAAGCCUGCACUUGCUGGGCAUGAGCUCUGAGCCUGAGCUGUUCUCGGUGCACAUGAACGGGCAGGUUCUGCAGCACAUGGGCCACAAAGUGUCGUCACUGGGCCUCAUCAGUGGCUCCUCUGCCACCGCCAGCAUGGUACCCGUGCACACUGGGCGUUGGAUGUUGUCGUCGCACGUGCUCAAGCACAUAGAAGUGGGCAUGCACGCUUUCGUGGACGUGAAGAAGUGUGAGGCUUUCAAAGCACCCCGGCGUGAGAUAACCAGGCAGCAAAGGCAUGACAGCAGGGAAUGGAAAUACUAUAUCGCAGCUGAGGAAGUUUUCUGGGACUAUGCACCUGAAAUGCCAGACCACAUUGAUGAGAGCUACAAGUCCCAGUACCUGCAGCAGUCAUCAACGCGCAUCGGUGGGAAAUACAAGAAGGCGGUGUACACGCUGUACAACAACGAGUCCUUCACGGAGCGUAUAGAGAGCAAACAGAAGAAAAGUGAGCUCGGGAUCUUGGGUCCAGUGAUCAGAGCGCAAAUUCGAGAUGUCAUCACGGUUGUGUUUAAGAACAUGGCCUCGAGGCCGUACAGCAUCUAUCCACAUGGACUGACUAUUGAAAAGUCAGAGGAGGGGGUGAACUACCCAGAAGGAGGCAACCAUUCACACGCUGUCCAGCCGGGCGAAACGCACACGUAUGUGUGGCGGGUGGUGGAAGAGGAUGAGCCUCUAAAGAGAGACCCCAGAUGUCUUACGAGGUUGUACCACAGUGCCGUCGACACGCCACGAGACAUCGCCUCAGGUCUGAUUGGACCCCUCCUCAUCUGCAAGAGUCAGUCACUCAAUGUCAGGAAUGUGCAGGUAAAAGCAGACAAAGAGCAGCAAGCCAUGUUCGCCGUGUUCGAUGAAAACAAGAGCUGGUAUCUGGAUGACAACAUUCGGGGGUUUUGUGAUCCAUCCCAAGUCAACAAGGCGGACCCUGGCUUUUACAAGUCCAAUGUCAUGCACACGAUAAAUGGCUACGUGUACGAGAGUGGGCCACUCUUGGGCUUCUGCAAUGGCGACGUCGCAAAGUGGCACGUGUCUAGCGUUGGAGCGCAGGACUACAUUCAGACAGCAACAGCCUACGGGCACACAUUUGAACUGAACAAGCGCAAGGAAGACAUCCUUAGCCUCUUUCCCAUGACUGGAGAGACCAUUACGAUGAACAUGGAAAACAUUGGUGUCUGGCUUCUGGCGACGCUGAAUUCCCAUGAGACAACAAAAGGAAUGCGCAUAAAGUUCCAGGAUGUUGAGUGCUUCCGUGACCACUACUAUGAGUAUGACUACGACGAGCCAGAAAAAAAGUUUGAUUUGUUGAAGCCUCCAAGCUUGGAUGAAAUCAAGAAGAAGGAGGAGGAGAAGGAGAAGCAGAGGCUCAAACCGUCAAACACCGUUGAGACUGAUCUUGACACUGAGAUGUUCGCAAACGAAUUAGGCCUCAGGUCGCUGAAGAAACAACUCAAAGACUCAGUGGAGAGCAUUGAGAAACUGGACUUGUCUUUCUUGGACUAUGAUGCCGUUGACGUGUUUAACAAAAAUGUCAGGCAAGCUACUUCGGUGACUAAAAGCACAAAAGCUACAAUCGAUUAUAGUCCUAGUCUUGAUAACAAAACCAAGACCAAUCAAACAGCACUUUACAACACUACGGCAUCGUUAAAUUACGGGAACAGAUCCACAGAGGCUACUAAUCUACCUUUAGAUGUAAAAGCCAAUUUGCAAGCUGGAAGGCUAAAUGUAACCUUAACAGGUGGAAAUGAGGACGCAGAGGAGCAAUUGACGCGAGGGGAUGUGUUUGCCUUCUCUGAGGCUCGAUCGCCUUCCAUCCCGGAUACACAGUCAAACCAUUCAUCAUUGAAUACAAUUUCUCAGGAUAUUAGGAGCCUGGACAUCCAGAACAGGGCCGUGUUUGGUGCCGUCCUGAAAGAUAGUGAAAGUACCGUCAAUGAGGAUGGACCUCAGAUGGACUCAUAUAAAUUUCUGAUUAUCCCAGCUGAUUUCAUCCCGGAAAAUGUCACUGUGAAUUCAACCCAAUCCAAUUCAUCAGGGAACACUACGUUUGAGACCUUUUUAAAACAGUCUAACAGCACGUCUUCCUCCUUCAACAAUAGUCAGAACUCAGGUAAUUUUUCACUUGCCGGCAGACUUCAGAGCAGCUUGGAGGAGUUAGAUGGUUCUGAGAGCAGUGAGGAAGUGUUUAUAUACCUCAAACAAAACCACACCGAGGUGAUUAAAUCCAACUCUGUAAAGACAAAGAGUCACAACUGGACAUACGACGGAACUCACCAAAACGUACCGAUGCAAAUUCCAGACCAUAUCAUGAAGUAUGUACAAAAACAAACAACACCAGCACCCAAAAGGACACCCAAGAUACGGAGAGUCAUAUUCCGACAGAAGCCACAGAAGGGCUUUGGUAUAAAAACGAGGAGGAAAAAGGAAUAUAACCCUCUAGUGACAAAUGGUUUACCACUCUCUCCACGUGGAUUUAACCCUAACAUGAUCCCACGAGGGUCACGACCAGUUUCACUGCAAGCUGUCCCGGAAGAGGAGGACCUUAUGAACAAACCUGUGGUCAUCGGUGUGCCACGACCUGAUUUCAGCGACUAUGAGCUUUAUGUUCCGGGAGACGAGCCUGAUCAUUUAGCAUUAGAAGAUUUGAAAGCAGAUGAAUAUGAUUAUGUGAACUACAAAGACCCCUACAGCAGUCAUCUAGACAUCCAGAAUAUUGACGAUUUCAAGCAGUCAGGCCCGAAUGUCAAGAUGUACUUCAUCUCUGCAGAGGAGGUUGAGUGGGACUACAGUGGCUCGGGACUGAACAGGCGGCAAGAAAGACCUCAGCUAAGCAAUCGGCACACAAAGUUCAAGAAGGUAGUGUUCCGAGGUUACAUGGAUGGGCUCUUCAGAAUACCUGAAAUUCGAGGCGAGAAGGAAGAGCAUCUUGGUAUCCUGGGGCCUGUCAUCAAGGCAGAAUAUGGACAAAGCAUCAUGGUAGUGUUCAGAAACAAUGCCAAUCGACCAUUUUCCUUACACCCAAACGGGGUUUCCUAUACCAAGUCGACAGAAGGUCUAUCCUAUGAGGAUGCCUCCACGGCUUCAUAUAAAGGUGACAACGAGGUUCUCCCCAAUACCACCUUCACAUAUAUCUGGAAGGUCCCUCGAAAAGCUGACCAUACUCAGGAUGAGCCUCACUGUCGGACAUGGACGUACUAUUCCGGUGUUAAUCCUGAAAAGGAUAUCCACUCCGGCUUGAUUGGGCCUUUGCUAGUAUGUCCAAAGGGCACCUUAAACAACAUGACGGACAUAAGCGAGUUUACACUGCUCUUCAUGACCUUUGAUGAGUCACAGAGCUGGUACUACGAGACAAAUCGCGAGAUCAUGCAGCGCAAAAGCCGAAGGAGAUUUCAGGACCCCAAUGUCAAGGAGGACCUGAAGUUCCAUUCCAUCAACGGCAUCACACAUAAUCUCAAGGGCCUGAGGAUGUACACCAAACAGCUCGUCCGCUGGCACCUUAUCAACAUGGGCUCUCCCACAGACUUCCAAAGCAUCCACUUCCACGGACAGACGUUUCUUCACCAGCAGGCCACCAGCAACAGACAUGGCGUCUUUCCACUGCUUCCUGGAAGCUUUGCUACCUUGGAGAUGUAUCCGUCCAAGCCUGGCUUGUGGCAGCUAGAGACGGAAAUUGGCGUCAACCAGCAGAGGGGGAUGCAGACUCUCUUUUUAGUUCUCGAUAAUGACUGCUACCGCCCCCUGGGCCUCGAAUCAGGCAGUGUGAAAGAUGGACAGAUCACAGCCAACAUCACUCGAGGCUACUGGGAGCCACAUCUUGCCCGAUUGAACAAUCAAGGCAAAUACAAUGCAUGGAGCACAGACCAGAAUAAUAGCUUUAUUCAGGUGGACUUUCAGAGGCCGGUCGUGAUAAGCCAGGUGGCCACACAAGGAGCCAAGCAGCUCUUCCAAUCGCAGUUUGUGACCAAUUACAGUAUCUCCUACAGUAACGACCACAAAAGGUGGAGCCUUUAUAAGGGCGACAGCAGAUACCCAAUGAAGGUGUUUCCUGGGAACCAGGAAGCCUACGAGACAAAGACAAACACCUUUUUCCCGCCUGUGAUUGCAAGAUUCAUUAGGCUUCACCCACUCCAGUGGUACAACACGGCCACAGUCCGCAUGGAGUAUUACGGCUGCGAGUUGGACGGCUGCUCUGUACCUCUGGGGAUGGAGAAUGGACUGAUCGAGGACUACCGCAUCACAGCUAGCUCCACGUCCUCCAGCUGGUACCUGGGAGCCUGGUUGCCCUCGUAUGCGCGCCUCAACAAGCAGGGCACUGUCAAUGCAUGGCAAGCUAAGUACAAAGACAUGAAGCAGUGGCUUCAGGUAGAGCUGCCAGAGGUCAAGAAGAUCACAGGCAUCAUCACGCAAGGAGCCAAGUCUCUGGGGAAGGAGAUGUACGUCACCUUCUACUCGCUCCAGCAUAGUGAGGACGGAAUCUACUGGAACGACUACAACGAAGACGAGGACCGACCACCGAAGAUCUUCCGCGGGAACAACAAAAACAAUGAGCAUGUGAAGAAUUUCAUCUACCCGCCCAUUUUUUCCCGCUUCAUCCGAAUCAUCCCCAGAAACUGGAAGGGGUCUAUUACUAUGCGCGUGGAGUUGUUGGGAUGCGACUUUGAGUGACUCAAGCAUAUACACCUACAGGUCCCUUCAUUAGGUACACCACCGCAAUCAAAUGCAGUUACAGUAAAAACGAUAACUGAAACUGGCAGAAUAUUUGGAGCCCCAGUUAGGAAAUACAACGAUAAUAAACAUAUGGACUGUGUCAAAUUCACAAUGUGUAUGUUUGAAACUUGAGAUGGGACGAAAAUGGUCUUCAGUUUCAACUUAUCCCACACUGUUGUGUUGAAAGCAAUGAUUGCCGCCCACCAAGUGUUAUAUACGUCACACCAGACGCUGGAGCCAAUGUCAUCAAAAUUGUAAUUGUUAUGAUUGCACAUUUACCGUAAUGGCUCACAGAUGAAUGAGAGAUUUACUGUUACGGUCCUGUUGAGUAAAUUUUUGCAUUCAAAAGACAGUUAAGUUUGAUUUGAUUGUUUUGGUGAAGAGCUUUUACGGUACAUGUAUACAUACGAUUGGAGGAUGUCCAGUGGGAUACGUUGUGGUCAUCUACGGCAAAGUAUUUCUAGAGAUCUAUGUACAGGCCAAAUUUUGAGUUAAAGUGUUUUUUGUUAAAUUGGUGUCUUUUAGAAAGUGGCAAACAACUGUAUGCUCUGCUGUCUUUAACGAGGUACUGCAAAAAUGCUAGUCAAAAGAUCCUCUAUAUGAGUCUGCUGUUUUUGUGAAAAUACUGCUAAAACACUAGUCAAAGAGCCGUUAUAUGACGUGUUUUUUGCUUUUUGAAGGAACAUCCAUUCAACAUAAUAUUAAAAAGAAAACAAAA